AUGGUCAGCCAGAGUAGAGAGAUGAGUGUAGGGCUGCAGGGGCCCGGCUCCUGCAAAGAAGCAGUCUUCCAGGACCAGUAUGAGGUCCUGAGGGACAUUGGGUAUGGCGGGUAUGGCCAGGUAAAACUAGCCCGCCAUCGCCUCACUGGGGCAGAGGUGGCAGUGAAAGUCGUGGAGAAUAUAGAGCAGAACCUCCAGGUCCUCUGUGAGCCAGAUAUGAUGAGAACCCUGGAGCAUCCCAACGUGAUCCAGUUGUUCCAGGUUAUUGAGACCUCCAGCAAUAUCUACAUGGUGAUGGAGCCCGCAGGUGGGGGACAGCUAGUUAGCCACGUCCCAGAGGAUGGCCUGCAGGAGGAAGAGGCCCGGCGGCUUUUCCGGCAGAUGGUGUGUGCAGUGGGCUACUGCCAUGCCCAGGGCAUCGUGCACCGAGACCUGAAGCCAGACAACAUCCUGUUGGAUGCCGGAGGCAACAUUAAGCUUAUUGACUUCGGCCUCAGCACCAGGGUCACCUCUGGGCAGAACUGGAAGGACUUCUGGGGCAGUCUCUUUCAUCUUGCUACCAGAUGUGUCCUGAGGCAAGCGUUUGAGGGCCCCCCAGUGGACAUCUGGAGACUGGGCGUCAUUCUGUACUUUAUGUUGACAGGGAGGUGUCCAUUUGUGGGGCCUGCCACUCCGGCGAUGCGGAGGCAGAUUGUGCUGGAAACCUACUUUGGCACGCGCCAUGUGUCUGUCGAAGCCCGGAGGCUCAUCGACCAAAUACUGACCCUGGAUCCCAGGAAGCAGCCUACAGUCCAGCAAAUCCUUCAGCACCCAUGGCUGACACAGGGUGAGCAGUAUUUACCCCUUCGUUGUAGUGAGGCACUCCCCAAACACCCCGACCCUGAAAUAAUGACCAUCUUGAUUGAUAUGGGUUAUGAUCCUUACAAGAUCUGGGUGUCUCUGGCCAAGAGAAAUUUCGAUACAGCCAUGGCUACCUACUUAAUCCUGAAGCACCAGAAAAGUCAGGGGGCAGGCUGCAUGUUCCAGGGGAAGCCUGGGCCUCCAAGGUUUAAGCCUCACCCACACCCUGUCCUCCCAAAGAGGAGUCACAGUGAGCCUGCCCUUCACACCUUCCCCUGUGAGCCGCAGCUGAGUAUGGAGAAUGGACAGACAGGGCAGAAGGGCCUCAGAAGGGCCAGCCAGCAGGCCAUUCAUCUCCCCUUCCUGCCUGCAAGCACCCCCACACCUGAUACUGGGUCGCCCCAUAACAACAGAAAUCGUCGGAAGAGGGUAACUAGGAGGAUUGCGGCCUGUGUCCGGCACCUGUGCUGUUGCCUGCCACGAGUCAGUAAGAAGGUGGUGCCAGUGUAA